UUGAUCUGAUGGUGUUCAUGGUGGCAUGUGCCGACUUAGACACGUAUUACGUAAAAUUGAAAUGAUCUUUUAAAUAGAUGGCUUCAGUAAUGUUUCGGCUCAGCUUUUGAGGCCAAUUCGUGCGUUAUUAUUCAUUUGAUAAGAUGCAGGAUGUAGCAAAAGUAAGCGUGUCUGACAGCGAAAAGGAGACACAAUCCAGUCUUAAUUCAGACUGCAACUCAAUAGUGGCAUCCGACACAAGCAGUCGAAAUACGAAUAAACACCCAACAUUUGCCCAACUAGAUGAUAAAUGCUCAUCAUCAGCCGAGUCAGAAAGUGAAGACGAAGACAUUUCAGAGGUGGAGUCCUUUGUUCUUGGAGACGCUGAAGAAGAAGUUGUUGUGGCCAGUCUAGACAAUCAAUUUCUACGAACUGCUGCUGCCGCCGCUGCUGCUGCUGGAGGUUCCUCUGCUGCAAGAGAACUUGUUGUGGGACUUGAGGCUGCUGUGGCUGCUGCUGGUGUGGGUGACGCUGCUCCUCAGGGCUCGCACUUUGACCCCGAAACCCAGGCUCGACUAGUAGCUCUGCUAGAAGCAGCUGCAGGUGGUUGUGCAGGACGCAGCUUAGUGGAAGCUUGCAGUGACGGUGACGUUUUGGCAGUGCGGCGUUUGCUGGAUGAGGGUCGGUCUGUGCACGAAACCACAGAAGAGGGAGAGUCUCUUCUGUCGCUCGCUUGCAGUGCUGGCUACUACGAUCUGGCUCAGGUCUUGCUGGCAAUGCGAGCCAAUGUCGAGGACCGUGGCUUUAAGGGGGACUGCACUCCUCUGAUGGAGGCAGCAUCUGCCGGCCAUGCUGAUAUUGUGCGACUACUCCUCAGCCAUAAUGCUGAGGUGAACGCACAAUCAUCCUCGGGAAACACACCGCUGAUGUAUGCAUGUGCUGCUGGCCACACAGAGGUCGUGAAGCUCCUUCUUGAACACAACGCUAAUGUCGAGGACCACAAUGAGAACGGCCACACACCACUCAUGGAGGCCGCCUCUGCUGGACAUGUAGAAGUGGCGCAGCUGCUGCUGGAAGAAGGCGCUGGCAUCAACACUUCAAGUGACGAGUUCAAGGAAUCAGCCCUGACGCUCGCCUGCUACAAGGGCCACAUGCAGAUGGUAGAGUUCCUGCUAGAUGCUGGUGCUGACCAGGAGCACAAGACUGAUGAGAUGCACACGGCUCUCAUGGAGGCCUGCAUGGACGGCCACGUCGAGGUCGCAAAACUGCUUCUAGACCACGGCGCGCAGGUUAACAUGCCGGCUGACAGUUUUGAAAGCCCCCUGACCCUCGCCGCGUGCGGUGGCCACACCGUGCUCGCUCACCUGCUCUUGGAGCGUGGCGCUAACAUAGAGGAAGUCAAUGACGAAGGCUAUACUCCACUCAUGGAGGCGGCUAGGGAGGGGCAUGAAGAUAUGGUCAGACUCCUCCUUAAAUUGAAGAUCAGGGAUAAGGGCAAUAAAAAAUCACCAGAAUCUCAGUUACCAAAAUUGCGGGCAUCAAUCCCUGCUGCCAAAGUCAAUGUUCAGACGGAAGAAACUCAAGAGACUGCACUCACCUUGGCUUGCUGCGGGGGCUUCAAGGAAGUGGCGCAAAUCUUAGUUUCUCAAGGAGCAGAUUUGGAAUUGGGAGCUUCUACGCCACUCAUUGAAGCUGCUCAAGAAGGGCACCGAGAUCUGGUCGAAUUUUUGCUUAGUAAAAGAGCUAAUGUGAAUGCACAGACCUCAACGGGUGACACCGCUCUGACGUACGCGUGCGAAAAUGGACACACAUCCGUGGUCGACGUUCUGCUGCGUGCUGGAGCAGAUCUUGAGCACCAAAGUGAGGGAGGACGCACACCUUUAAUGAAGGCUUGCCGCGCUGGUCAUCUGUGCACAGUUCAGUUCCUAUUGCUGAAGGGAGCGCAAGUAAAUCGUUCCACCUCCGAGAACGACCACACGCCUCUCAGCCUUGCCUGUGGAGGAGGUCACCUUAAAAUUGUUGACCUCUUGUUGACAUACGGCGCUGAUCCGACUCACGUCUUGAAGGACAACUGCACGAUGGUGAUGGAGGCUGCAAAGGGUGGCCACACGGCCGUGGUGCGGCUGCUGCUCGAGUAUCCGAAUAAUGUGGGGCACGUCAGUGCACAGGUCGCUCCUGGGGCUGCGCUCACCGGGCUGUCUAGCCUCCCUCCUUCUGAUCAGCUGUCUGCUGCUCACGUUGGUUGUGGCGGGGACUCGUGCCUUGCACCAAGCACCACCGCGAGCACCAUAAGUCACAUGAAUUGUAGUGGCAGCACCUGCCGGCUUCCUCCUCCCCUGCCUUCAGUGCCUUCCUCGGCGGAAAGUAUGGAGUCCAAUUUUAGUGGUACUGCAAGCGGGAACUCCAGCGUGGGCACGCACUGCAGCACAUCCAAGUGCUCCGUGAAUGAUAAAGGAACUAACGCCUCGGUGGCAGAGGCCAUGGCAACUGCUUACGCACUCGGUGUUUCCUAUGCCAUAUCUUCAGCCACCAACACCCCUGCGGUAUUUUCUACGACGCCCAACACGAACUUUGCAUACACACCGGCAGUUGUUGCAGCAGCUAAGCCUGUGGUACGCCCAGCCAACCCUACCAAUAAGGCUAAGAAGCAACAAAAAACGCCAAAUAAUCCCGCCUCAUCGGCUGUCUCCGUACAGCAGCAAACUAAAUUAAUUGAAGAGCUUCAUCGAGUGGAGCAGAGGCUUGAGAAGCAUGUCAAGCUACAGCACCAGCCAUGUCAUGAACAUGCAAAGCUGAGGGCUCAACAGCCAUGUCAUGAACAAGCAAAGCUUGAGGAAAAGUUGGAGACAGUGGAAAUGAUUCAGCAACGAAUUGACGAGAAUACGCACGCUCUCUCAAGGGAUGUAGAUGAGCUAAUGCAGGCUAUGGACAAUAUUUCUAGCUCGUGCAGCAACAGCUCCGUGAGUGACUCGACAAGUAGCAGUGACAGUGCCGUCAGUGCUAUUGGUGUCGAUUGUAACGUUUCAACCUCGAUGAGCAGUGCUUUGCAAUUCCAGUCAUCUCCUUUGCACUCACUAGCCUCCCUUGCCACGCAUACUGUUGAGACCCAAACUGGCAGCUUUAUUCCCUCUCAUAACUGGAUGGUUGUGCCUGGUGUGGUGCCGGCCGGUGUCAUACCGGGUGUUGUGCCGACACUUGGCAUCCAUUCCUCUGCAGGAAGUGGCUCCAUCACGACUCCUGAGCCCAUUUAUUCUCCCUCACAAUCCGGCUUGACAUCUGUUGGUAGCAUCACUCCGACCUUACCUCUGAGUCUUGCCGUUGAAGGUUGUUCUAUGGGGUUGGCCGCCACUCCAAACGUUUCAUUGGCAUCACUGGCAUCGACUGCCCUGUGUCAUCCUGACUCUCAACUAACUCAACCUCCUCCCUGCUUUAUGCCGACCUCACCUGCUGCAAACGCCAUCCCGCAAACAGUUCCUCCUCCACAUUACACCACCACAACUACCGUGCCCGUCUCGGAAAGGAAGAUUAUGGUUCCAUCUUCGAAGAAGAACGACCGUAAGAAACAAAUAAAACAACAGCAACUGCUUCAAAUGCAAAUUCAGCAGCAACAGCAGCAAAUGCAACACCAAACGCAAGCUAAGGGCGCAUCGCCUGUUAUUUCAAAUAAAAGUGCAGCUGGCUGCUUUGCUUCCCCUCCUUGCUCCAGCCACGGGAGUGCCUUGUCAUCAGUUGUUGGUGGCAACAAUAUCAACUCCAAUAAUGUCUCUUCAAUUACUGGUAGCGCGAAACCUCGGGGUGAUAACAAGCGCAGUGUGCCCAUUGACUGUGAUUGCGGCAUGCCUCAUCCCAAUAACCCCGUCUCGUCACUGGCAAGCAUAAUGUCGGAUGAUUUGCUUCUAACUCACAAGAUUCCUGCAGGUCUUUUCCAGCAACAAACCAGCGUUCCAACGUCUGGUGUCUCUAGUGUUUCUUCUAUGAAGCCAGAAGUUCGGCAAUUUCUCGUGCAACAACAGGAUCACAUGCAGGGAGCCAGUAAUGUUUCUAAGAAUGCACCAAUGAAUGUUCCGUGCAGUCAGUCCUUUCCUUCGGUAAUACCUAACAAGAACUCGCAGACUAAUCUGUCUCAUUCUAUUCAGUCAUGUGGGUUACAGUCAUGCGUUCAGUCUUGCCAAGGUGUUGCAGAUCAAUCACAAGGCGUUGUGGGCGCUAUGCAAGUAGGCGCGCUUCAGUCUGCAGUUCAACCUAAUCCUUAUUCCCAAGCUGCUCCCCAAGGCAGUAAUAAGAAAACCAAGAAACAACCCAGAAAUCCUUCUAAGCUUGAACGAGAGACGAGACUACAGCACCAACAGCAACAAGAUCAGUUGCAGCACCAACAAAUUCAUCACCAAAUCCUGCAACGCCAGCAGCAACUACAAGCACAACAGCAGCAGCACCUGCAUCAUCAUCACGAUCAGGAACAGCUGCAGCAGCUACAGCUGCAACACCAACUAGCUGCUGCUCAGGUUCUUGCAAACAAUCAAACUGUAGACAGCAACGGAGGACUCAUUUACAACAACUCCUUAUCAUCAGUGACAGCAAUUGGUCAUGAUGGAGGUGUUGCGUGUGCUAGCGGUACAUGUAACCUGGCAGCGAAUGUGGGCGCUCUUCACCAUGGCCUAUCAAUGAACGAGGCCGCCUCAUUGCUGUUGGAUGCCGAUCCUGCUACAGCCGCCAAAGUCAUAAUGGCUCGAUGCCCCGAACUCGCAUCUCCUCAAGUGUCACUGGACAACACCCUAGGGGAGCCUCAUCUUACGACCGAAGAGUUCCACCAGAUGCAGCAGCGUGUAGCCACUCUAGCUGUUGGGUCCACGGGCUCGACUGCAGAGUACUUACCUGCUGACGGUGUUUGCACCCCAGAGUACGCCUUAACGGGCGCUGAUGUGCAUCCCGUCGUGGGAUGCAGAACUCCCGAAUUGUGCCCGGCUCAAUACAACGCUGCUACCGCGGGUAUACCUCCUCAGGCGCUCAGCAAUGUGGUGGAGGUCGAUGCCGCGACUGACAGCAACCGUGACACGGCUCUCACCCUUGCCUGUGCUGGCGGAUAUGACGAGCUAGUCCGGCUUCUACUCAGCCGAGGCGCAAAUAUUGAGCACCGUGACAAGAAGGGCUUCACGCCCCUGAUAUUGGCGGCGACAGCAGGUAAUGUCAAGGUAGUCGAGACGUUGCUUGUUCACGGCGCCAACAUCGAGGCUCAGUCGGAGCGCACCAAAGACACGCCGCUCUCGCUUGCUUGCUCCGGAGGAAGGUUUGAGGUUGUGGAGCUGUUGCUCAACCGUAGCAGCAACAAGGAACACCGCAACGUCUCUGACUACACUCCCUUGUCUCUGGCUGCAUCUGGCGGCUAUGUGAACAUCAUCAAAUUACUCCUUGAUCACAAUGCCGAGAUUAACUCCCGCACUGGCAGCAAGUUAGGAAUCUCUCCGCUCAUGCUCGCUGCCAUGAACGGUCAUGCAGAAGCCGUUAAGACGCUGCUCAACUCGGGCUCUGAUAUUAAUGCCCAAAUUGAAACCAACAGAAAUACCGCGCUCACUCUAGCGUGCUUCCAGGGCCGUCACGAGGUCGUAUCUCUCCUGCUCGAUAGAAAAGCUAAUGUCGAGCAUCGAGCUAAGACUGGUUUGACUCCCCUGAUGGAGGCAGCGAGCGGCGGCUAUGUUGAGGUUGGAGAAGUGCUCAUAGCCAAAGGAGCUGACGUCAACGCCCCUCCUGUGCCUUCUUCUCGAGACACGGCGCUCACAAUCGCCGCUGACAAGGGUCACGUCAAAUUCGUGAAGCUCCUCAUUGAGAAAGGAGCGCAUGUAGAGGUAAAGAACAAGAAGGGGAAUUCAGCGAUGUGGCUUGCUGCAAACGGAGGCCACUACGAGGUUGUAGAAAUGUUAUAUUCCUCCGGCGCCGACAUCGACAGUCAAGACAACCGAAAUGUGUCGUGUCUCAUGGCGGCAUUCAAACGGGCUCAUCUGAAAGUCGUCAAGUUUAUGGUACGCCACGUGACGCAGUUUCCUUCAGACCAGGAGCUGCAGAGGUACAUAGCUACUCUUACCGAUGCUGAUAUGAUCAAGAAGUGCCAGGCGUGUCUUGAGCACAUCCGAGCCGCCAAGGACAAGCAGGCAUUGGAAGCUAACAAGAAUGCUUCUAAUUUGCUAAAAGAGCUCGAGAUUGAGUUGUCUCGAGAAAAAUCCAAGAAAGAAGCCGCCAACAGACGCAGACAGAAGAAAAAAGCAAAGAAAAAAGCAACAGAAGAAAAGAAGGAAGAGCAGAAAAAAGUUGUUGAUGAAGAUGAUGAAGACGACGAUGAAAAAUACGAAGAAGAGGAGGAAGAUGACGAAGAAGAGGAAGAAGAAGAAAUUGAACCUCCUCCACCGCCUCCAACUUCUCGACAGAAGAAAAACAAGAAUAACAACAAAGAUGCUCGGCGAAUUGAUAAAAAGCCUCCUCCAAACAAUCCAACAAAAAAUGAAAAUAAGGAUAAGCCGUUGCGUGGCAAUAAGAACUCCGAAGAGCGCCUCCUUCCUGACGCUGCUGGGGCCGAGGCCCGCGUUCCACGCGACGAGUGCUGCGGUGCUCCCGAAGAACGAGACAGCGGCAUCGACUCCAACAGCCAAACAAGUGCCACCUCUGAUACCAAAGUUCAGCAAGACAAAGACACUAAGAAUAAGAAGAAGAAAAAGAAGAAAGAGGCCGUUACUUGCACUGUUAGUAACAAAGAGAACUCUUCGAAUGCGUCUUCUGCAAAGCAACCAUCGAAUAAUUCUACUGCUGUGGAAAAUAUUUCUAAGAAUUUGAAAAAUAUUAAACUCAAUGAAGUGAAUGAAAAAAGCAAGUUAUUGACAUCACAGAGUAAUGGCAAGGAGAAUAAAGUUUUGUCUUCGAGCACGAAUCAUUCUAUCCCCUCCCUGUCGUCAAGCAAUUUAUUUUCUCUUAACAACACAUCAGCUAAAUCAGGUAGUGGCAUUUCAGAAUUGGAUACUUUCCAUGAUACUGUGUCAAGUGGCAAUGCUGGCGCCGUAUCCAGUCGUCUGUCCGAGCUGAACAUUUGUGGCAACCACAAUCGUAAUAAUGAGUUCCACGACAGCGUGGCUUCACUAGACACUUUUGGUGAGGCUAUGCCACCCAUCAUCCCUGGUCUCAUGUCAACACCUUCAAAUGUGCUUGGUGUUUCAGCUCUCAGCCCUAAGAAACUAACCUCAAGAGGACAGGAUGGUUGGAAAGAAGUCAAUCGGAAAAGCAAGAAAGUAAGCGUAGACAAUGCGGCCAUAAGUCGCAUUAUUGGUAGGGGAGGAUGCAACAUUAAUGCUAUCCGAGAAUAUUCAGGUGCUCACAUCGAAGUGGAGAAACAAGGUAAAAGCCAAGGGGACAGAAUGGUCAUCAUCCGAGGUUCCACAGAGGCUACCCGCAGAGCUCAGAAUUUGAUCACGGCUCUAGUCAAAGAACCUGAAAAAGAUAUAUCUGAACUUAUCCCUAAAAGCGCGCCUAAACCUUCAUCAAAGAAUGCCUCUAAUGCAACAGCUUCCACCUCCAAGUCGCUUCACGUUCUUCCGCUCUCUGAUCUGAUCCAAAAGAAACCCAUCCCAAAUCAAGUUUUAAAUGGUAAUGGCGCCGCACCAAAAUCUCUCUUAAAAUCUGCACCUGCUGCACCACCAAUUAUCAACAGUUGGGCUACGCCUGCCAGUGUUCCAUGCACCACAGCUUCGGUGUCUCCCAAGAAAGAUUUGAUUUCUAAGCAAAUACCAUCGCUUGUGAGCUCAACAACCAAUGGCUUAGCGAAUUCAAGUCUAGCUUUUAUGGAGUCUGAUCGUGCGCUGGUUAGCUGCCCUUCAUCCAUAAGUUCUGUCAACAUUUCAGGAACUCCAUUGAUGAGCGCUCCUACAAUGGCCGCGCGCAUCGCUGCGCAGUCUAAAUCGCCUGCUGCUCGUCAGCUAUUUGGCGGUGAUGCUGGUACUGCAGUCUCUUCAGUUCCCACGGUUGCUAAAUUGAACACAUCUCAGCAACAAUUAGGAUCAAUGGUUGCUCAGUCUCUAGCAAAUGAUACAGCGUGUAGCAAGUCUUUUACGUUGCCUGCGGGUUCUGGAAAACUGCAGCAACAGAGGAAAAAUUCACUUCAAUCCAAUUCGUCUACUACUGGACCGAGUAAAAUAGAUGCUCCCCAAGACCAUCUUAUUCAGCAACCCAUGCCCAUGAAGCCUCCUCAAUUCCUCGGCCAGCAAGCUUUGGAUCGGGGUUCUCCUGUACCGUCACUGGGCCCGUUAUUGACUGAACCUCAUAUUAAUCUUAAUAUUUUAGACAAUGAUGUGUCUCAGAACAUAAAUGGUCCCAUCUCGGCUACAAAAGCUCCAUCAUUCUGCCUGUUUGACACUAUGAGCCAAGUUUCUAACAACGUUGUAUGGGGUAGCAAAGAGCGCCCGCCGGUGAUGUACGAGCCGCUACCGUCAACGCCGGUGGAUGCUAGUCGGGCGCCGGGCUAUCGAGCUCCUGGUGCUCAGUCGAUUUGCAGCAGUAGCAGCAUCAGCACUACGAUCGCCGUAACAACUUCAAGCGGAAGCGUUGCGCGUAGUGCUCCUGGAACACCAGUGGCUUCGCAAAACGUUCGUGCUGUAACAUUGAACUGCAACAGGCAAUCUGCAGGUACUCCACCCCCGAUGCCAGCUCGGCCUGAGAUGUCUCAAGGCUUGCCGUACCCCAUCCAUACAUCCCGCACACCACCACCAUCAAUGUCAUCUCAAAUUCGUAUGCCAACUGCUUCCAUGGCAAUGCCUCUAAUUCAGCGUUCGUUUACACCACCUGCUUCUAUGCCAACUGCUGUGUCUUUGCCUCGCAUGCAGAGUGCGCCAGCUAGCACCUUGGCCCCAGGAGGCCCCAGUUCUGUUCGUCCAGAUAUCAGGCCCAUUCGAGCGCCCAUGCAUCAACCAGGAAACAACCUUGAUAUUAACUUCAUUUAUGAGCAGCAGCAACAGUUCCAACAACAACAGUACCAUAACAUGCAACAGCCACAGCUGCACGCAUAUUCCUCUUACUCUCAAUUGAGUUUGAUAAAUACUCCUCAGUUCACUACGCCUCAAACAAAUACGCAGCAUGUUUUCACUUCAAAUUUGCCACUUUCAGCAGCUCCUCAAAUUCAGAGUAACUUGAAUCCCAAUGCACCAGAUUUCGCCAGUCGCAACAGCAACUUUGUGUCUACAUCGUUCUCUCCUCGACCGCAGAUGCAGUCACGUCACUUUCAGAACAACACCAGCGUUGGCCCUGUGUGUCCGCCGUUUGUUGGCCUUAAUCUCAACUCCAUGGAUGCGUCAAAUCUUUCUGGAGUACCUUAUAGUCCAUGCGAUGUUGCAAGUUUGCUGAAGUCGUGCAAUCAAGGAGCUGCCAAUUCUGUGAACAUAUCGCCGCUUCAGCAAUCUCCUCACACCUCCACGCCCGGCUCUCCUACGGCAGGAAGCAGCCUCCAGGUGCAGCAGGACGAUAGGUUAUCAAAAUUACGGCCUAUUGGCACAGAGCGCGCGCAGAAGCGUUCAGAACGAACAGGUGUUAUGGUUCCUCCACCACCUCCUCCACUCAAUCCUAACGUUCAAGCUUCGCUUCUACAACACCCUGCGCCUUCUCCACUGUCAAUAGCAGCUUCCGCAUCAUCAGUUGUCGGUGUUGCUAAUGCCAAUGGAUCUGCCGUUCCUGGAGUACCAAUGGUUCCCAACUGCGCUGGUCCAGACAUGUGGACUUCUUCAACAAUGCUCUUGGCUGAUGAAUCGCCCAAUGCUCUAUUCAUGAGCUCGGCUGACAUGGAUUUGCAGCAAAAUUACUCGAACAUGCCAGUGUGGGCCCACUGGAAUGCCAACCUAAAUUAAAACACCUGUUACGCUGGAGCUGUGCAAAAUAAUUGUCACAUAUGUGACUUUCAACCGAGUCUGUCAUCGCUCUUCACGUUCUCGCUGUUUUCGCUCGGUACGAUGUCAAUGUGAUUUGAAUGCCGAAGAACGCGCGUUGUUCGCAUUUAUUUGCGCCGCGUUUCAUUGGCUCCCGACUCUAGAUUAGCUCCGAUACUAAAUUGGUACCUUGAAUUGAGCAUCUCAAUGUGCAUUAAACAAAAUUUGGCGUUUAUGGUGCGCCUAUAGUAUUUUAUCAAACUAUUUCGUGGUAUGUUGCAGAUAGCUUGAAAGAAGUUUAUGUGUAACAUUGAUUUUGAAUUUUGUAAACAGCUUUCUAUUGUAGUUGAUAAUAAUUUGAAAAGUUGCUGUGUUUUUCACCCUGUUAUUUUUCUGGACGAGACCGCGGCCUCUAUCGCGAGUAGAGCUUGAAUAUUUGUUUAGUUCAAUAGAAACAUUUAAGGUAUUCUCUAAGACUGAUGAAUUAAAGAGUCAAUUGGCAUCACGCGCGACUAGCAAGAGUCUGUAUAAUAAAUGUUGAUGUUUAUGAAGAUUUAAAGGCCAAGUCGUCAUUAUGCAAUGUUGCGUGCUUGGAUCGACGGUUCCUAGUUGCUUGUAUACUCAGGAGUGGAGGUCUGCAGGCGCUGCAUGUGUAGAGAAGGCCUCCCGAGGCGGAUCAGGUGGAACGUGUUUGCUUUGGAAAGAUGAAGUCGAUGCCCUUCUGUGUUAGCUAUUGCAAUUACAGAUUUCAAUUCAUUGAUACAUAGACAGAAAUUCUGAAAGGUUAUUGCUAAUUGAUACCUAUUAUUGCUACUACUUGAUAAGGUUUAGCCGUGUUUGUGCUCCUUCAAACGAUUGCUACAUUAUCCCCAGUGAUAAGGCGUAUGCCGUGAUCAUGAGAAGUUCGUGGAUGUUUCGUUCUUCUCGCUGCCGUUUGGUAUUGUCAGUCGCUCGGGCUUCGUAGCUUUACGCUUGUGUUUUGGAAGAUCGCGUGUGCAGUGAACUCCGCGUUCACAGUAGAAGCGAACAGUCCUGGAGUUCUGCCUGCACUUCAGGGUUGUUGAAUGCACCGCGUGAGAGUUUUGCUUCUACACAAGUUUUGCUUUAUUUUUAUUUCUCUUCAAUAUGGCCCCCCAAUGUUCCAUACGCUACAUUGUAAGCCUACUUGCGAGGUUAUUCCCAUGUCUCGAGUUCUCUGCUCAGAGUACGUCGAAGGCUUGCGAUUUGACGUAUGGUGUGGAUGAACCUUGGUGUAAUGCUCUCGCUGCUACGCCCUCGUACUAUUAUAACACGAUAAUAAAGAUUUAUCAAGCUGG